AUGGAAGUAUACAAAGAAAGACUGGCAUUGUUCAGAGCUGCUAUGAAGAAACAUCAAAUCACACAUUACUAUCAACGUCUUGGGGAUAGUCAAAUGACAGAAUUUGUUCACCCUUCUUUUCAACGUAUUCAAUACCUCUGUGGGUUUACAGGGGAGAAUGUGUCGAUAGUCAUUACAAAAGACAGUGCUAAUAUCUGGGUAGAUGGGAGAUACUACUUGCAGGCAGAGAAGACCCUUCCCAAGUAUUGGACUAUCUUUCAUAUGGGCGACAAGACUGUUAUCCGACCGAUGAAUUUCAUCAAGAAAUAUUCCUUUGCCAUUCACGCUGCUUGUGACUUUAAUACAUCGAGUCCCGUCUAUAUCGACAAUAGUAUAGCUUUUGAAGAUAUCGACAUCUUCUCGGAGAUCAAUCCGACCAGUUUAACACUUGGAGAUGUGAAGGAAUUUACAAGUGGGAAUACCGUUUCCGAGAAGUUGAAUAUGAUCCGAGCGUAUCAGAACGACACUGUGGUCUUGACGGACAUCGACGAUGUCGCGUGGACGUUUAAUGUCCGAGGAAAAGAUAUUCCCUAUGCCCCAUUGGCCUAUGCAUAUGGUGUUAUAACGCAGAGUAAAAGUUAUUUGUUCAUUGGGCGCAGUGAAGAGAAAGAGAAGAUACAAAGCUUUACAGAGUUAAUUGAAGCGAAAGUUGAAGUGUACCCAUAUACCUCUUUUAAUGAGAAAAUGGGAUCACUUCUCGAAGGGCCCGUCGUGGCGUUCAAUGCGGAAUUCACAAACCUCAAAGUCUUUUUGAUCAUCAAACAAGACGAGUCAUUCACACUGAACCAACGCUUUGAAAUUCUUGAGCGACCAAUUAAGACGACAAAAGAAAUAGAAAACUUGAAGAAGAUCCAUACUAGAGACUCUGCGUCGCUCUGCACGUUCUUUAAUGAAGUCGAGAAAAGAUCACAAGAAAUGAAGUCGGCGGAUGAAUGGGAGUUUGUUGAGUUACUUGAGAAGAUCAGAAGCAAACAAAAGACAUAUGACGGACCAAGUUUCCCUUCCAUCAUCUCGUCGGGGAAGAAUGCGGCUGUGAUCCACUAUGAGCCAACAAAGACUGAAAAGAGUGAAGUGAACUGGGACAAGAUGCUCUUAUUUGACAUUGGGAGUCAAUACAGUGAUGGCUGCACCACUGAUGUGUCGCGAACGUAUCACUUCAAAGUGCCGAGUGAGAGAAUGAAACGAGUGUAUACGACCGUAUUAAAGAGUUCGAUUAAUCUCCACAAAGCAGUGUUUGAUAAAGACACAAAUUCAAAUGAAUUGGACAACGAAUACGUCAGGAAAACUAUUACCACUGAAAAUCCAGAAUGGGACUAUAAUCAUGCCACGGGGCAUGGUGUCGGGUACUAUUCAUUGUGUCAUCAAUGCCCACCGUUGAUUGGAAUGGCUCAACCAUUAAAAGAAGGAAUGGUGACAAGUAUAGAACCAGGGAUUUAUAUCAAUGAAGAGUUGGGCGUACGACUCGAGAAUGUGGUUGUUGUUACAAAGGAGACAGAACACACUUUAAAAUUUGUCCCACUGACUUAUGUACCAUUCAGUCAAGCUUUAAUCGAUGUCAGUGUAAUGGAGAAAAGUCAAGUGGAAUGGUUGAAUUGGUAUAAUCAGAAGAUACGAGAAGAUAUUCUCCCCUUAGUCGACAAAGAGACUCAACAGUGGAUUCUUAAGAAUACAGAACCUUACAAUUUAUAA